AUGCCGAUAUUAUCACAGACACUAGAUGGCACCGAUUCGAGUACUUCACCUAAUGUUGCGUACCGACAGUUGUCAUCGGACUCUCAAGGAGGACCAGAUCUGAGAGGAAGGGCAUCCCAAUUACGAGAACUAGAGGAAGUACCGCAAGGGAGACAUCUAGGAUUAUUUUCGACAAUUGUUCUUUUUGUCUCACGAAUAGUUGGGUCGGGGAUAUUUGCUACUUCUUCAGGUAUAUACCAAGAUGUAGGAGGUUCACCAUUUUUGUUUUUUCUUGCAUGGUUCCUUGCAGCUGCAUUAUCGUUUAGUGGGUUAUAUGUUUAUUUAGAAUUGGGGUCAUUGGUGCCUAGAAGUGGAGGGACUAAAGUUUUUUUGGAAUUUAUAUAUGAAAAGCCCUAUAUGUUGGCGUGUGUUGUGUUUCUGAUCUAUUCCAUUAUGUUUGGGUUUAAUAUGCUGAAUGCUUUAGUGUUUGGGGAAUACUUUUUGCAUUCAAUUGGUAUCAAAGCUGAUGAAUUCCAUACUAGACUCACAGGUCUACUUUGUGUUUAUUUUGCUGCAGCCAUUCAUGGUAUAAGCUAUAGUCAUGGUGUAAGAGCACAAAAUAUAAUUGGUGCUCUUAAGUUGUUGUUAUUGUUGAUUAUGGUUCUAACUGGCCUUUAUCUGGUACUCAUGCCAUCUAGCAUAAGUCAUAUACAUUCGAACUUACAUUGGGACGACUUCUUUAAGACGAAGACACCAAUGACUUCAUCGACGUUCGCUGGUGCAAUUAUUAAGGCCAGUUUCUCAUUCUCCGGUUGGAAUUCGGCUCAUACAGUUUCCAAUGAAGUCAAAGACCCAAUACGUACGUUCAAGAUAGCUGGUCCUGUAUCGUUAAUAAUUGUUACAGUUGCAUAUAUGCUUACCAAUUUAGCAUAUAUAGUGGUAAUACCGCAUGAUGAAAUUGUAAAUAGUGGUCAAUUGAUUGGCUCUUUACUAUUUGAAAAAGUUUUUGGACAUAAAGUUGGAAAGCAAUUUCUAACUCUCUCUGUUGCUCUAUGUGCUAGUGGAAACAUAUUUGUUGUUCUCUAUACAAUCUCAAGAGUAAGUCAGGAGGUAUUCCGUGAAGGGUUUCUCCCAUGUUCUAAUUUUAUGGCUUCGAAUUGGCCGUUUGGAGCUCCUCUUCCAACAUUAGUACUCAGUUGCACGUUAACAACUUUAGUAAUUUUAGCUCCCAAAGGUGACCUUUACAAUUAUAUUAUCGCAUUAGAAGGCUAUCCAAAUCAAGUUUUUCUCGGCUUAACUGCAUUUGGUAUAUUUAUAAUCCGAAAGAGAUCUCCAGAGUUGCGGGCUCCUAUUAGAGCCAGUCUUAUGGGAACUGUAUUCCUAUUAUUAAUUACAUUAUAUUUAACCAUAUCACCCUUUACUUCAUCGAAGAGCCCUAAUCCUAAAGGCUUGGAAAAUUGGCCAUCUUAUGCUGUAGUUGCAAUAUUGUGCUUAGGAGUUUGCGUUUCAUAUUGGAUUGUCAUGUUCAGAUUACUUCCAUAUGUUUUUGGUUACAGACUCACUUCUAAAGAAGUUGAAUUAAGCGAUGGUUUAAUAGUUAAGAAAUGGGUUAAAACUUAUGGUGAUAUUCCUGUUGAUUUAGAUUUUAUAGACUAA